UAGGGUUAUUGCGAUGGUACAAAAGACUGUUUUGAAGGUUGAUAUAUCAUGUGACAAAUGCAAGAAGAAACUCCUCAAAGCGGUGUCGGGAUUACAAGGCAUUGAUAAAGUCGAAGUGGAUGGUGCAAAGGGAACGUUGACAGUAACAGGUGAUGCAGACCCAUAUGAAAUACUAGUGAAAACAAGAAAAGCUGGAAAAUAUGUUGAAGUUGUCAGCAUUGGGCCUCCUCCAGCCCAACAAAAACAAGAUGGGCCUAAAAAAGCGGAAGAGAAAAAGCCCAAAGAGGAAGUUCAGGCCCAUAUACACACACCCUUCACCUGCCCCAUCUGUGAGAGAAUUCCAGUCAUACCCAUGACCCGGUGGGAAGAACCCAGCCCACCAUGCUCCAUCAUGUGAAAACACCAUAUAUUGAUUUUCAUUUGCAAUUUUUUCUUGGGAAAAAAAAAAUCAGUGUUUGAAGUAAAACGAAUUUCUGAACGUCGACUCAUUGCUUGAGCGCUAGG